AUGUCGGCUGUGCCGGAUGAGCGGCAUGGCUUCCUGGAGAGCUUUGCCACGCUGCUGCUGCAGGUCCGGCCGGACAAGUGGAGCAAGUUUGUGGGCAGUGAGGAGGCUGCGGCCGUGCUGGACGAGCUCCUGCUGACGGCCGGCUUCCCACCCGCCCUCAGGGGCAAGGGCGUCUACUUCGUGAAGAAGAAGAGGGAGAACAUCACCCGAGAGAACUGCCAGAGCGGGCUGCUGGUGGGAGAUAUCAGCCCCUCGCCGGUGGAGCAGCUCAUUGCUGUGAUGGAGGAGGUCGUGUUCCCCCUGCUCCUGAGCGAGGAGAACGUGGCGGGCUGGCCUGGGGUGGUGGUGGAGGACAUCAUGCAACAUGCCUGCCGGCUGAAGAACGAGAUGUUUGUGAUGGGUAGGAAGAUCCAGGGGAAGCCGCUGCUCCCACUGCCGGAGCACCUGGACGGCUGGGACGACUCCAGCACCAUCCUGGACUGCAUAACCCGGCUGCCUUUCAGCCUGGCAGGGCCCGUGGACAUUUCAGUGCUACACUCCAUUGAGACCAUCGUCAUCGAGUGGUCCCAUCAGAUCGGAGACAUCCUGAGCAAGGACUCGGCGCAGCCGCUGCUGGAGGGGCUGCACCCCCUGCCCAGGACAGAGUUUGAGUUCUGGCACACCAGGACGGUCAACCUGCAGUGCAUCAACGACCAGGUACUGCCUUGCCCUUUGUCCCCUGGCCCAGGCCUGGAGGAAGCCAAGGACGUCAGCCUCCACCUGCAACCGCUUCGGAUCCUGCUGGAAGAGAUGGAGCAAAUGGAUUACUCCCAGCUGCAGCCCUGUGUGGACAGGGUGCUGUGCACCGUCCGCCUCCUUCGGACUCACUGCCAGCACUACAGCUCGCCCGCCCGCAUCAUCAUCGUCCUGCAGGAGAUCUGCAACCUCCUCAUCGAGAUGACCCGCAACUUCCUGAGCCCCGAGGAUGUGAUGAAGGGGCUGCAAGGAGAAACCGAAGAGACCUUGGGGGGAAUAAGACUGAGCAUUUCCACCAUAGAGAAGCUGUUCCAGUCCUACAGCACUUACUGCUCCGACCUGAUGCCUGUAUUGUUCUCGGAGGAGCCACAGGUCUGGGAGUUCCCCCCAUCCCUCAUCUUCAGGAGAAUGGACUCCUUCUUGCACAGGCUCAAGACCAUCAAGGAGCUGUACCAGACAGCUAUCGAGUUUCUGAAGCUGGAGAAGGCAGAGCUGGGAGGAAUGAGAGGAAACAUCCUCGGGAGCCAGGUGUUUCAGAUCUACGAGGAGGUCUCUGAACUCAUCAAGGGUUUUGCUGAUUGCAAAUAUGAUCCCUUAGAUCCCGCAGAAGAGCAAUUGAACACAGACUUUGCAGCGUUCCAGGAGAAGAUUCAGGACGUGGAUAGGCGGCUGGCCACCAUCUUCUGCCAAGGCUUUGACGACUGCAACUGCCUGGCAUCUGCUGUGAAGCUGGUGCACAUGUUUGCCUCCCUGCUGGAGCGACCUUUGAUAAAGGCUGAGGUUUCCCCUCAUUACUCAGCCCUGCUGGGAAUGUUCAGUGCCGAGCUGGAGAACGUGAGGGUGCUGUACGAUGCCCAGAUGGCUUCCCCACCGGCACACGGAGGGGGCCCGGCCAUCAACAAAAACAUGCCACCGGUGGCCGGGCAGCUGAAGUGGGCUCUGGAGCUGCAGGAGCGGCUGGAGCGGCCGCACAGGGACCUGUUUGCCAUCAGCCACCCAGUGAUGGUCAGUGCUGAAGCUAAACUGGUGUCUGGGAAGUACGAAGAAAUGAUGGGACUGCUGCGAGGUUACCGCAAGAUGGUCUACGAGGAGUGGGUGUGCGGCGCCGGCCGGGACUGCCAGUUCAGCCUGGAGCAGCCCUUGAUCCUGAGGGACCCCGGCUCGUCCCUCCUCAGUGUGAACUUCAGCAAAGAGCUCACCGCCGUCCUGCGGGAGGUGAAGUACUUGAACUUCCAGCAGCAGCAGGAUAUCCCGGGCAGUGCUGAGAGCCUCUUUGCUCAAAAUGAGACUUUUCAAAAGUUUGUGGACAACCUCGAUCUUAUCGUUGGCUGGUACAAUGAGGCAGGUUGCAAAGGGGAGACAACCCGGUGCCUUUCCGUGCCCUGAGCCCUGGCCAGGCUGGGACCCCCCAGGGGAGAGGCUCGUACGAAACGGCUCCUGGAAGCCCAGGGUGUCAUGGAGUACAUCCGAGAGAUGAGAGACAUCUUGUACGACUUGCAGAGCAGGGUCCAGAAAGCAAAAUUAAACCUGGAAAAUAUCACCCAGCUGAUGGAGGAGUGCUCGGCCGCUCCCUUGUUUGAAAGGAAAGACAACAAGGAGGCAGCGCUCUUGGACCUGGAUGGGAAAGCAAACACCUUAACCAAGCGCUAUGCUGCCAUUAAGGACGCAGGCGUAAAGAUCCAGGAGAUGGUGGAGGAGAACGCAGAUCUGUUUAAGGCUGACAAGUCAUCGCAGAUAUGGCUGGACUAUGUGGGAUACGUAGAUGGAAUCGUGAUGGAUGGACUCUUCAGACUUGUCCACAAAUCUCUGCAGCUCCUGCUCACCAACAUGGUCCCUGAGGCCAACGUGGCACCAUUGUUUGAGGUGUGCAUGGAGCUGUGUGACGGCAGAGUGCGGUACCGUCCCUCGCUGGAGACAGGUGACAACAACAAUUUCUUGGAGCUGAUGGAAAGCCUGCUCGGCAAUAUCUACGCGUCCACGGCGUGCAUACCUCGGCUGCUGGAGGGGAAGCUGAGCUACAAGACCACCCUGGAGGAGCAGGCGGACCUCAGCAGGAUGCGGGAGGAGGUGGUGUCGCUGGUUGUCAGCGCCAUGACGGAAGGCGAGGAGUACAGUGCCGGCUUCGAGGAGCAAGCCCACCUGUGGCUGGAGGACCCCGCAGAGUUCCUGCAGCGCUUCCUCACCUUGGGCAGUGCCCCCGGCCCCGAAGAGCUGGAGCUGCAGCCAGAGGAGACCCCGUCCCACGGGACCCCAUCCCUCCGGGUCUCUCAUUCCUAGAUCGACAUGUGCGAGGCACUGUGCGAGGAGGUGUCGGAGUUUGCGAACACCGAGGUGUUUGGGGGGUGGCUGCAGAGCGACUGCCGCCCCUUCAAGCAGGCGCUGCUGGGCGCCAUCAGGCAACGGGGUCUGGUGCUCCGGCAGCACCUCGCCAGACAUGUCACCACCAGUCUGCAGGAGCUGUCUGAUUUCAUCCAAGAGGUGAACGCUGGUUUGAAUAAGCCUCUGGAGGAGGGAGACUAUGAUGGGCUGGUGGAGGUGAUGGGGCACCUGAUGAGGGUCAAGGAGAGGCAGGCAACAACUGACCACAUCUUUGAGCCCCUGAAGGAGACGGUUGCCCUGCUCAGCACUUAUGGAGAGGAGAUGCCGGAGGAGAUCCACCUGCAGCUCCACGACCUGCCCGAGCACUGGGACAGCACCAAGAAGCUCUCCCUGCGCGUCAAGCAGAGCAUGGCACCCCUGCAAGCCAAUGAGGUCAACAUCAUCCGCAGGAAGUGCCAGCAGUUCGAGGUCUGGCAGCACGCCUUCCGGGAGAAGUUCCGCGAAAAAGCCCCUUUUUCGUACACUGACCCAGAUCCCUACAAGUCCUUGAACAAGCAACAGAAGAGCAUCGCCGCCAUGGAGAGUGACAUGGCAGCCCUGUCCAAGUCAGCCAGGCUGUUCGAAGUGUCGGUCCCAGCGUAUAAACAGCUCAAGGCGUGUCACAGGGAGGUGUGCUUGCUGAAGGAGCUCUGGGACAUGAUCAUCCUGGUUAACACAAGUAUUGAUGACUGGAAGACCACCAGGUGGAAGGAUAUCAAUGUUGAGCAAGUGGAUAUCGAUUGUAAGAAAUUUUCUAAAGACAUUCGGAGCUUGGAUAAGGAGAUGAGAAGUUGGGAUGCAUUCACAGGGCUGGACAACAGCGUGAAGAACAUGAUAACGUCCCUGCACGCCAUGAACGAGCUGCAGAACCCGGCCAUCAGGGACCGCCAUGCCCCAACGGUGCCGCUUCUGCUCCAGGUGAACUUCACCAUGUCCGAGGACACAACCCUCGCGGAUCUGCUGCAGCUGAACCUGCACAAGUUUGAGGAUGAGGUUCGUGGCAUCGUGGACAAAGCCAUGAAAGAGUUGGGGAUGGAGAAGGUGCUGAAUACCCUCGACAUUACCUGGGCGACGAUGCGGUUUGAGCACGAGCCCCACGCCAGGACCGGCAUCGUGCUGCUCAAGUCGGAUGAGACGCUCAUUGAGAUGCUGGAGGACAACCAAGUGCAGCUGCAGAACCUGAUGACCUCCAAGUACCUAGCCUUCUUCCUUCAGGAGGUGUCGGCCUGGCAGCAGAAGCUCUCGACCGCCGACUCCAUUAUCAGCAUCUGGUUCGAGGUGCAGAGGACGUGGAGUCACCUGGAAAGCAUCUUCAUCAGCUCCGAAGACAUCCGCAGUCAACUGCCGGAGGACUCAAAACAUUUUGACUCUAUCGAUCAAGAUUUCAAAAAAUUAAUGGCUGAUGCAGUAAAAACUCCCAAUGUGAUUGAAGCUACAAACAAGCCUGGUCUCUAUGACAAGCUAGAAGCGUUGCAGAAAAGAUUGGCGCUCUGUGAGAAGGCUUUGGCUGAAUACCUGGAGACCAAACGGCUGGCUUUUCCCAGAUUCUACUUUGUUUCCUCUGCAGACCUGCUUGAUAUUUUAUCUCAUGGGAAUGAGCCAGUGGAGGUGUCCCGGCACCUGCCCAAGCUGUUCGACAGUCUGGCUAAACUGAAGUUCAAGAUGAGUCCGGACAAAAAGCCCCUGAAGGUUGGCCUGGGGAUGUUCAGUAUGGACGAGGAGUACGUGCCCCUCGACGCAGACUGCGACUUGUCUGGCCAGGUCGAGGUUUGGCUGAACCGAGUGCUGGUGAGCAUGCGUUCCACCCUGCGGUGCCUCAUCCCCGAGGCCAUGGUGACCUACGAGGAGAAGCCGCGGGAGCAGUGGGUGUUCGACUACCCAGCACAGGUCGCUCUGACGUGCACCCAGAUCUGGUGGACCACAGAAGUCGGCAUUGCCUUUUCAAGGCUGGAGGAAGGCUAUGAGAACGCAAUGAGGGAUUAUAACAAAAAGCAGAUUUCUCAGCUCAAUGCACUGAUUUCACUACUCAUUGGCAACCUCACUGCCGGAGACAGGAUGAAGAUCAUGACAAUCUGUACCAUCGAUGUCCACGCCAGGGAUGUUGUGGCCAAAAUGAUCCUUGCGAAGGUGGAGAGUGCCCAGGCGUUCACCUGGCAGUCCCAGCUCCGGCACCGCUGGGACGAGGGGAAGAGGCACUGCUACACCAACAUCUGCGACGCUCAGUUCCAGUACUCCUACGAGUACCUGGGGAACACCCCCCGGCUGGUCAUCACCCCC